AUGGCUUCUAUUUUCACGGUGGGAGCGCUCAGCUAUCAACGCUAUAGGCUUGUUGUGAGACCGUUCAAAGGAAAGCUACCUAGACGGCGAUUUUUCAUAAUGCUUGCAUCAAUAUGGCUUUUGCCUGUGUUCCUUGCCGGAUUACCAUACUCCUUUGUGCUUCGCUUGGACCAAAAUUCGUCAUCUUGUAUGGAGGAAUGGAUUCCAGCCUCGAGUCAGGCUCAAGUGAAACUUAGUUUUACAACUUAUUUGUUUAUCAUUCAGUAUGUUCUUCCGUUAGGCUUGAUAGUCUGGUGCAACGUGAAAGCGAUCGUUGAGCUCAAGAGGUAA